AUACGAUGCGUAAUAAAAUAGAUUUUUCUGUUAAAGAUUUAGCCUGCUAUUGAUAUUUCGUAUCUUGAUUAUUUCACAUAUUUUUAUUUAAAACGUAUUAACAAAAAAAUGGCGGACGGGGUGUCACAAAUUUUUAAUGCGUUUCAAGAUUAUCUAAAUAAUGAACAAGAAUUACGCGAGGAAAUCCGUGUUAUUGUGAAGGAAAUUGAGAAGAGUGCCAGGGAUAUUCUGAUGAUACUACAAAAUAUUCAUAAUGAAAAUACUAUGGAAGAAAAUAUAAUUGUCUCACAGUAUUGUGCAAAAGCUAGGGAAUUAUUUGAAGAUGUACGUAAUCAAUAUGCAAAACUUGCUGAAGUUGUUCCAAAGGAUCAAUAUUAUAGAUUUAAUGACCAGUGGCGUUUUGUCACUCAACGAUUAUGCUUCCUGGCUUCAUUAACAGUAUAUUUAGAAGUUAAGAUUUUGGUGACUAAAGAAACUGUUGCUGAAAUAUUAGGAAUUAAAAAUAAUCGAGAAGAAGGUUUUCAUUUAGAUUUAGAAGACUUUCUGAUGGGUUUACUUCAAUUAUCUGCAGAAUUGAGCCGCUUUGCUGUAAAUAGUGUUACGAAUGGUGAUUACAACCGGCCCAUAGAAAUAGCCAAAUUUGUAAAUGAACUAAAUGCAGGUUUUAGGCUUUUAAAUUUAAAAAAUGACGCUCUAAGAAAACGUUUUGAUGCUUUGAAGUACGAUGUGAAGAAAAUUGAAGAAGUAGUUUAUGAUCUUAGUAUUCGUGGUUUAAAACCUACCACAUCACCAAGUCCUCAAGAAACUGAGUAAGUGGUAUGCUUAAUCUGGACUAUUUUACAGUAAGUUGUUUUGACAUAUAUAUGAAAAAAAAAAGAAAAAAAAAUAGCUAUAAUAAUGUAGCUGUAAUUUUUAUAUAAAUAGUGAGGUAUAUAAUGAUACAGUAAAUUGUCAUGUACAGUAGUAUAUUCAGUCAACGAUUGUUAAUAUACCGCAACUGGCACAUUUUUUUUAUAUUCUAAGGUGUUUAAGUUAAACUUCGUAAAAAAUGACUGCGUUUUAAAAUAAGUUAUGUAAGAAAGAAAAAUUUAUUUCUUAUUUAUUUUUAUUGUAUUCAUUUUUAAUGCAUUUGUAGCUUUAUAACCACAUUUAAUAUACAGAAAACUAUUAAACAAAUACAGGGCCUACACAGAGA